AUGGAGCGAGUUUUCGUAGCAACAGUUCACAGCAGUCGAAAGCAAGUAAAUUUGGUGGUGCUGUCAAAAGUAGCAGCCGUUAUCGAGGGACUCGCCAAAGAUAUAGUGAGAGUUCACCUCUACAUCCAGUCUUUUCAAUUUGACGGCAGUGUUCAAGACAAUAAUAUAAUAACUGAAGAUUAUGAGACAUUAUUAACCGUGCGACCGGAGCCCCCCGCAUCUCCAUCCCUCAAACCGCUACAGUCCUCCCUCGAACCAUCACCCUUACGACUCCCAUCACCCGCUCGUCGGUCGCCCACACCAUCACCCGCCCGUCGGUCGCCAAUGUCCUCACCGGAGGCCUCUUUCAAGGCCCACACUCCACCAGAGAUCGCUAUCCUGAAGACGACGUCGACUGAUUUCCCGCCAGUGUUGCCCCUACAUUCACCCCGCGCCAAACCCGAUGGACCGGACUCUCCACCGCGAUCGCAGUCGUCCCCUUCCUCGUCAUCGACGCCCACGUCGUCCACUCCAACAGCAUCACCACGCUCUGAAUCGAGAGUAUCGCCGCAGCCACCAAGGUUCCCACCCUACCCCCUGGAGCCCCCAUCGCCUGAUCCCACCCCGACACCCCCGAGGGCCAAGACACCCCCGAGACCAAAGUCACCUUCGCCAUCGCCACGCUCUGGAUCCAAACCACCUCCGCCUUCGCGAUCACUUCCGUCCUCAACCCUAGAACCCCAGUUCCCUGAUCGCGUUCAGGCACCCUCAACAGCCAUGCCAACCUGGAGAGCCAUGCCACCCACAAAAGCCGCGCCACCCUGGAGAGCCACGUCAGGCACAUGGAAGCCACCCCUGCCGAUCCUGCCGACGACCGGAGCACGGUCAUCCAUGCCUUCCGAGCCCGCCCCACAACGUUAUCAGCCACCUCGCCGUUCCCGCACCCCCAAUUGGAGGGAAGAACUGGGUGGAAAUUGCGAAACCACUUUUGCCAAGGAUGGUGAGGUUCCGUAUUGGUACCGAAAACACGAAUAG